GUUCUUCUUCUUAUUCUUCUUUCCCCUUGCAUUCUUCUCCGAACUUGUGUCUCAUUCUCUUAAAUUCUUCAACUUUCACUUCAUUUUCUUCAAAUUCCACUACUUCAUUCGAUUCCUCCGUUACUGCUUCGUUAUCUAACAACUUCCACCUUCUCUGCUUAGUUCAAGGUGUAGCGCCCCCCUUCAAAUCUUUCUGGGAUGUUGGUGUUGAUACUGAGAUAGAUCAUGAUCAGAACCUUGUCAUAACCAUUUUGUUCUUUGGGGCAUGGACUGGCUGUUUAUGCCUACUGUUAGUGUCUGUGAACAAUGUUUAGCAGGCCAAGGGGUGCCAGUGCUUUUAGUAUAUUCAAAUGGAAACAACAAGGUACAUCAUCUCUGACAACAGGUUUGCUUCAGGAUGUUCCACCAGAGAUUGAAUUGUCUGAUUAUCGAAAGAUCCCAAGUCCAGGCAGUGAGAGCCCUUCAGGACUUCUUAAUGGCGAAAGCGUACAUGUAGAACCAAUUGCUGAUUUGGAUCUUUUCUUUGAAAGGCUUUAUAGCUACUACUGUGAGAAAGGGCUAUGGUGCAUCAUUAUAAAGUGGAUUGUUGAACUUCUAAGUCUGGGGUUCACCAUAUGUUUUUCAGGAUUUUUUUUACUUUAUGUUGAUUGGAAUGGGCUCCGCAAUGCAAAGUGUGGGAUGGAUGCUGUUGAAUCUGGAAUUAAGCCCUGUGAUCUUGCUAAGGAAGCUCUUCAUCAACACCCUUUAACUCCACUAACACUUACGAAAGCUAUUAUUGUUGGAUACUUGGGAAUAUUUUCCAUCUAUUGGCUAUUUUGCUUUUUGAGAUUCUUUGCUCAACUAAAGGAUACUCUGGAAAUCCGACAGUUUUACUUCAACAGUCUCCAUGUUACUGACAAUGAAAUUCAAACCAUGCCCUGGGCUACAAUUAUUGAAAAAGUUGUUCUGGUACAAAGUUCUCGACAACUCUGUGUGGUAAAGGAUCUUUCUGCCCAUGACAUGGUCAUGAGAUUGAUGCGGAAGGAGAACUACUUAAUCGGAAUGCUCAACAAGGGUGUGCUUGCUUUCCCCAUUUCACAGUGGGUUCCAGGAGCUGGUCCUACAGUGAAAUCAAGUCCUAAUGGACCACAACAUUGUUUAGUACUAACGAAAACUCUUGAGUGGACUUUGAAUUGGUGUAUCCUGCAGAACAUGUUUGAUCGGAACUUUUGUGUCAGAAGGGAUUUUGUGUCAAAUCCAAAGACAUUACAGAAAAGGCUUGUGGUAGUUGGGCUUUCAAUGCUUUUACUUUCUCCAUUUCUUGUCAUAUUCAUGGUGGUAUAUCUCUUCCUGAGGCAUGCUGAACAAUUUUAUAAUCACCCAAGCAAGGCAUCAUCUCGAAGAUGGUCAAAUUUGUCGAGGUGGAUCUUUAGGGAAUUCAAUGAGGUGGACCAUCUCUUCAAGCAUCGGAUUAAUAACAGUGUAUUGCAUUCUUCUGAUUAUCUCAAGCAAUUUCCAUCACCUAUCAUAUCUAUCAUUGCAAAAUUUAUCUCUUUUGUAUCGGGUGGCUUUGCUGCAAUUUUGAUCAUCAUUGCUUUUCUUGAGGAGUCUCUGCUAGAGGGCCAUAUAUUUGGUCGGAACUUGUUUUGGUAUGCUGCUGUUUUUGGAACUAUAACUGCCAUUAGCCGGGCUGCUGUUACAAAUGAACUUCUGGUCUUAGACCCUGAGGGAGCAAUAUCUAUGGUGGUUCAGCAAACACAUUAUAUGCCAAAGAGAUGGCGAGGUAAAGAAGGUUCUGAAAUGGUCCGCGUCGAGUUUGAAACCUUAUUCCAGUAUACUGGAAUUAUGUUACUUGAGGAGAUGGCCUCAAUUUUUCUCACUCCAUAUUUACUUCUGUUUAUCGUCCCGAAGCGGAUUGACGAUAUAUUGCAGUUCAUUGCUGAUUUCACUGUAAAUGUUGAAGGUGUCGGUCAUGUUUGCAGUUUUAGCACCUUCGAUUUUCAAGAGCAUGGAAACAGUCAUUAUGGUUCCCCAUGCAAUGCACCUCGUAGCCGGAGGAGUUCCCAGGGGAAGAUGGAGAAAUCAUUGUUGAGCUUUCAGAGUAGUUACCCUUCAUGGGAACCAAAUGCUCAGGGGAAGCGGUUUUUGCUAAAUCUCAGAACAUUCAGAGAGCAAAAGUUACCAGUACAUGGAAACAGACCUGCAUUUUCUCCUCCUAGAAUGUGGAGGGGUAGUCCCAACAUGGAAAGCAAUGGAGACAGAAACCGGUUUAUAUCCAGGGAAAUGCCAUACAGUACUUUUGUAACUGGCAAUCACUUGGGUUCAUUGUGGUUGAUUGAAGGCAACCAAAACAAUCAUCCAUAUCUUCUUGAUUGGUACUAUACAUCUCGACCUCAUGAUGCUACUUUGAGAGAGAUUCCAUUAGAACCAUUUGGAGAAAUGGAGCAUCAUUCCAGAGAGAAUUGGAUGACCUCCAACUUGACAAAGAAUGAACGUGGGUAUGAAGAAUACUCAAACGAGUAUUGUGAAGAUCGGGCUUCAUCUCAUCUUGGGGCUUCCACAUCAGCUCCCAUCUUCAGGGAAAGCCUAAUUCAGGAUCAAAAUUCUAAUGAACUGUCCCACGGUAACAGGAGUCAUUGGUGGGCUAGAAGUCACCAACAGGGUGGACAGGCUCCGACAAGCUUUUUUGAGCCUCCUGAUUUCAAUCACCAAACAACAUAUAAUUAUUAUGACAAGUUUUCUGAUAGAGGGUCAGAGGAUCAAGAUCAAGAACAACGCUUGUACUGGAGAGAUUAUCACAGAUUAUCUAGAACAACUUGCACAGAUGACUUAGAGGCAGGAGAAUUUGAUCUUCAUUUUGAUAAUAUUUACAGCAGACCUCCAGGAACUCCCCCUGUAAAUCCCAACUCUGCAAGCUUUUGAGUGAUGGCUUUGUCCCUCAUUAUUUGUUUGGGAGGCUCCUGCUUUCAAGUAUGUGGAAUGCAUGAAUUUCCUAGUCAUGAUUCUUAUAUGGAAACCCCGUUCUUUUCUGUAUAUAGAUUCAUUGGAAGG